GGAGUGUGGCUGGUAGAGCCGGGAUGGCGGAGCGAGGCCUGGAGCCCUCGCCGGCUGCGGUGGCGGCGUUGCCGCCCGAAGUGCGGGCGCAGCUGGCGGAGCUGGAGCUGGAGCUCUCGGAGGGGGACAUCACACAGAAGGGAUAUGAAAAGAAAAGGUCAAAACUCCUGUCUCCUUACAUCCCACAGACACAAGAAACUGAUCCAUCAGUACAGAAAGAACACAGAAACCAAACACCUGCUCCAUCUGCAGCUCCAGCUUCCGCUCCUUCUAAGUAUCAUCGAAGUCGAUCUGGGGGAGCCAGGGAUGAGCGAUACCGAUCAGAUAUCCACACAGAAGCAGUUCAAGCUGCACUGGCAAAGCAUAAAGAACAGAAAAUGGCUUUGCCCAUGCCAACCAAAAGGCGGUCCACGUUUGUCCAGUCUCCUGCGGAUGCCUGCACACCACCUGACACGUCUUCGGCCUCUGAGGAUGAGGGCUCUCUGAGACGCCAAGCUGCGCUCUCUGCUGCCUUGCAACAGAGCUUACAGAAUGCUGAGUCCUGGAUCAACCGGUCAAUUCAGGGAUCGUCCACUUCUUCAUCUGCAUCUUCCACGCUGUCCCAUGGAGAGGUCAAAGGAACCAGUGGGUCUCUAGCUGAUGUAUUUGCCAAUACUCGAAUAGAGAAUUUCUCUGCUCCCCCUGAUGUCACUACAACUACCUCUUCGUCAUCAUCUUCCUCACUACGCCCAGCAAAUAUUGAUCUGCCCCCCUCGGGGAUAGUUAAAGGCAUGCACAAAGGAUCCAACAGGUCCAGCCUUAUGGAUACAGCUGAUGGUGUUCCUGUCAAUAGCAGAGUAUCCACAAAAAUCCAGCAGCUUCUCAACACUCUGAAACGACCCAAAAGGCCUCCCUUAAAAGAAUUUUUUGUGGAUGAUUCUGAAGAAAUUGUGGAAGUACCUCAGCCAGACCCUAACCAACCCAAGCCUGAGGGACGGCAGAUGACCCCCGUGAAGGGAGAACCACUGGGAGUCAUCUGUAACUGGCCCCCUGCUCUGGAGUCUGCCCUGCAGCGCUGGGGCACUACUCAGGCAAAAUGCCCCUGUCUGACCGCACUGGAUGUAACGGGGAAGCCAGUUUACACUCUUACUUAUGGAAAGUUGUGGAGCAGAAGUUUAAAGUUGGCCUAUACACUCCUUAAUAAACUGGGGACCAAAAAUGAGCCUGUAUUAAAACCUGGAGAUAGGGUAGCCCUAGUUUACCCCAACAAUGAUCCAGUCAUGUUCAUGGUGGCUUUUUACGGGUGUCUCCUGGCAGAAGUGAUUCCAGUGCCGAUAGAGGUACCUCUUACCCGAAAGGAUGCUGGGGGGCAGCAGAUUGGCUUCUUGCUGGGAAGCUGUGGUGUUGCCUUAGCUCUUACCAGUGAGGUCUGUCUAAAGGGACUGCCAAAAACUCAGAAUGGAGAAAUCGUACAAUUUAAAGGUUGGCCCCGGCUCAAAUGGGUUGUAACAGAUUCCAAGUACCUUUCAAAGCCACCUAAGGACUGGCAGCCCCUCAUCUCACCUGCUGGCACAGAGCCAGCAUACAUUGAGUAUAAAACAAGCAAAGAAGGGAGUGUAAUGGGAGUUACAGUGUCCCGCCUUGCAAUGCUGUCUCACUGCCAAGCUCUGUCCCAGGCCUGCAAUUAUUCUGAAGGAGAAACAGUAGUGAAUGUUCUAGACUUUAAGAAGGAUGCUGGGCUGUGGCAUGGCAUGUUUGCGAAUGUAAUGAAUAAGAUGCAUACGAUUAGUGUACCCUACUCUGUUAUGAAGACUUGCCCUCUCUCUUGGGUCCAAAGAGUACAUGCUCACAAAGCCAAGGUGGCUUUAGUGAAAUGCCGAGACCUGCACUGGGCUAUGAUGGCUCAUCGGGACCAAAGAGAUGUGAGCUUGAGUUCCCUCCGGAUGCUGAUUGUGACGGAUGGAGCUAAUCCCUGGUCUGUGUCAUCCUGUGAUGCCUUCCUGAGUCUGUUCCAAAGCCAUGGUCUGAAACCCGAGGCCAUCUGUCCAUGUGCUACUUCUGCCGAAGCCAUGACUGUCGCGAUCCGCAGACCUGGAGUUCCAGGGGCCCCUUUGCCAGGAAGAGCCAUUCUCUCCAUGAAUGGAUUGAGCUAUGGGGUAAUACGGGUCAACACUGAAGAUAAAAAUUCAGCACUGACUGUUCAGGAUGUGGGCCAUGUGAUGCCUGGGGGGAUGAUGUGCAUUGUGAAACCCGAUGGACCUCCUCAACUCUGCAAAACAGAUGAAAUUGGAGAAAUCUGUGUCAGCUCCAGGACAGGAGGCAUGAUGUACUUUGGGCUUGCUGGAGUGACCAAAAACACAUUUGAGGUGAUUCCAGUGAAUUCUGCCGGCUCUCCUGUUGGAGAUGUACCGUUCAUCCGGUCGGGAUUGUUGGGGUUUGUGGGGCCAGGCAGCUUGGUGUUCGUGGUUGGGAAAAUGGAUGGGUUACUCAUGGUUAGUGGUCGAAGACACAAUGCUGAUGACAUUGUUGCUACUGGACUGGCUGUUGAGUCAAUAAAGACUGUUUAUAGAGGAAGAAUUGCUGUGUUUUCUGUGUCUGUAUUUUAUGAUGAGCGCAUCGUGGUGGUUGCAGAACAAAGACCCGACGCUUCUGAGGAAGAUAGUUUCCAGUGGAUGAGCCGUGUGCUACAGGCAAUCGAUAGCAUUCAUCAAGUGGGGGUUUAUUGUCUUGCUCUGGUGCCUGCCAAUACACUGCCCAAAACUCCGCUGGGAGGGAUCCACAUAUCUCAGACGAAACAGCUCUUUCUGGAGGGAUCGCUACAUCCUUGCAAUAUCCUCAUGUGCCCACAUACGUGCGUGACCAAUUUGCCAAAACCCCGGCAAAAGCAACCAGGUGUAGGCCCUGCUUCUGUGAUGGUUGGGAAUCUGGUUGCAGGAAAACGCAUAGCACAAGCUGCAGGAAGGGAUCUUGGGCAAAUUGAAGAGAAUGAUUUAGUGAGGAAGCACCAGUUUCUGGCGGAGAUUUUACAGUGGCGAGCCCAGACAACUCCUGACCAUGUCCUCUUCAUGUUGUUAAAUGCCAAGGGGACUACAGUGUGCACAGCCAGCUGCCUUCAGCUUCAUAAGCGAGCAGAGAGGAUUGCGGCCGUUCUUGGUGACAAGGGGCAUCUAAACGCGGGAGACAAUGUGGUGCUGCUCUAUCCACCUGGCAUAGAGUUAAUCGCUGCAUUCUAUGGCUGUCUGUAUGCGGGGUGCAUACCUGUGACUGUCAGACCCCCUCAUGCUCAGAACCUCACAGCCACGUUGCCCACUGUCCGCAUGAUUGUUGACGUCAGCAAAGCAGCCUGCAUUCUCACCACGCAGACCCUAAUGAGGUUACUGAGGUCCCGAGAGGCAGCAGCAGCCGUGGACGUGAAAACCUGGCCAACUAUCAUUGACACAGAUGAUUUACCCAGGAAACGGUUACCUCAGCUCUAUAAACCACCCACUCCUGAGAUGCUGGCAUAUCUUGAUUUUAGUGUCUCCACAACGGGCAUGCUCACAGGAGUGAAGAUGUCCCACUCUGCGGUCAAUGCUCUCUGUAGAGCCAUCAAGCUCCAGUGUGAGUUGUACUCCUCUCGGCAGAUUGCCAUCUGCCUUGACCCUUACUGUGGACUUGGCUUUGCACUCUGGUGUCUCUGCAGUGUCUAUUCAGGUCACCAGUCCAUCUUAAUUCCCCCUAUGGAGUUGGAAAACAACCUUUUCCUCUGGCUCUCCACGGUCAACCAGUACAAAAUAAGAGACACCUUCUGCUCCUAUUCAGUGAUGGAGCUUUGCACCAAAGGGCUUGGAAACCAGGUGGAGGCGCUGAAGACCCGGGGAAUCAACCUCUCCUGCAUCCGAACGUGUGUGGUGGUGGCUGAGGAGCGGCCCCGCAUUGCCCUCCAGCAGUCCUUCUCCAAGCUCUUCAAGGACAUCGGACUGUCCCCGCGGGCCGUCAGCACCACUUUUGGAUCCAGAGUCAACGUAGCAAUAUGUUUGCAGGGAACCUCAGGGCCUGAUCCAACUACUGUAUACGUAGAUCUGAAAUCAUUAAGACAUGACAGGGUUCGUCUUGUGGAACGGGGUGCCCCCCAGAGUUUGCUCCUCUCAGAGUCCGGAAAGAUCUUACCUGGAGUGAAAGUAGUUAUUGUUAAUCCAGAGACCAAAGGGCCUGUUGGAGACUCUCACCUGGGAGAGAUUUGGGUGAACAGUCCCCAUACAGCCAGUGGCUAUUAUACCAUCUACGACAGUGAGACUCUGCAAGCUGACCACUUCAACACCCGCCUCAGCUUUGGGGAUGCUGCCCAGACCCUCUGGGCUCGGACAGGAUACCUGGGUUUUGUCCGCCGGACGGAGCUCACAGCAGCCACUGGAGAGCGUCAUGAUGCCUUAUACGUGGUGGGCGCUCUGGACGAGACCCUGGAGCUGCGAGGCCUGCGGUACCACCCCAUCGACAUUGAGACCUCAGUGUCUCGGAUCCACAGGAGCAUUGCCGAAUGUGCCGUGUUCACGUGGACCAACUUGCUCGUGGUGGUCGUGGAACUGUGUGGCUCCGAACAGGAGGCGCUGGAUCUGGUUCCUUUAGUGACAAACGUGGUCCUGGAGGAGCAUUACCUCAUCGUGGGCGUGGUGGUCGUGGUAGACCCAGGCGUCAUCCCCAUCAACUCCAGAGGAGAGAAGCAGAGGAUGCACCUCCGGGACAGCUUCCUCGCCGACCAGCUGGACCCCAUCUACGUGGCCUACAACAUGUAACCAGCCUCCUGGGAUUGCGGGGACCGUCCUGCAAAACCAUGGGAGCCAGAGACCCGCGACUGAUGUGAAAUAAGCUGAGAUGGCUACAUUAUAUCCUUCAUCUCAUCCUGUGGUAUCCUGCCAUCACAGGACACGCAGGAGAGGGGAAUUCUGUGGUGGCAAAUGAAAAAAAUGUUAACAAUCUAUUAGUCAUGAGCUUUGACAUAGCGUGAGCAGCACGUUACUAAAGCAAUUACAUGCAUGUUGCAUUUUUUUCAUCUGUUGUAUAUACUUGUAUUUUUAUCUAAUGCUGUUUUAGAAUUUUGUAAGGGAGUUCGAUUAAUUCACAUGAAGGGGGUAGUUUGAGUUACGCAGUCCCCUGCUCUGUACUGUAUUUUGCCAUUUUGCCAUAGUUAGACACUGCGGGUUUUAACAUGGAACUACUCGGCUUUCAGUUGACCCAUAAGCAAAUCAGAUAACCCACUGAAUAUGAGAAUUACUUUAUAUAUAUAAUUCUUGACUGUAAAACAUUUUGACCAGUGUUUUAAACAUGUAAAUAGGAAUACACAUAAUUCAGCUAAAAAACGUAAGAAUUGGCUUGUAUAGUUGUAACAACUAAAGUAGAAACAUUGCUGCUCUGAGAGAGAAUCUCGGUAUUCUCUGGGUGCAGUGUAAUUGAAUAGAUGACUAAAAAGUGCAAAUUGUUUGCAGGUUUUGCUGCACAUUAUACUAUGUCUCUGUUGGCUGGUAUAUUUUAUAAACUGAAGCUGCCUAUGUUUGUUUUUUAGGCUUGCAUUCCCAGAAUCAGCUUAAGCUUUUAAGAAUUCAGCCUGUUUCUACAAACUGAAAAAUCUCAGUUGAAAAAUCAAAAUGUUAGGAGAAGCUAAGAUUGAUUAGAUCCCACCCAGUUCUAAGGAACCACAAUAACUCACUCUUGCCCCCAGUGUUGAAACAGUCUUUCACAUGUAGAGUGACUACACAAGAAUUUAGAAUUUCCUCUUUUCCUGGCCCAUUGUAUACUGUGUCUGCAGUUACACAUAUCGCUUCUCUUUUCUGAGAGCUGAAGAGCAUCCUCUGUGCUUCCAGUUCACGAGGGCAGGGAUUUAAGAACAAGAGCGAUAGGCUGGGAAGGCAGUGGGAUCUACAGUCACGCGAAGGCAUUAAGGCCUCAUAACUCCACGUCUCAGAACUGACCAAUGUGGGUUGCCAAAACAGCCAGGCUUAUGCUGAAAUAGGGGAAGUCUAAU